CACACCACCACCUCCACCACACCACCACUAGUGCUCUCCUGUACUGUGAGGCCCCAACUACAGCAUCUUCACCACCACGUUAGUCAUAAUAGUCAACCAUGUGGACCCCUCAACUGCCACCCGUGUCAGGUUCUCAAUCAAUGUCCAUAGCACAGACGCCCCAGCAACAGCCAACACUGCAGCAGACAACAUUGGCGUUUAAGAAGGAGGAAAUAAAUUACCUCCGUGUUAACAAGAUGACUUGCUGCACUGCCCGCGAUAUGAUGCUGGAGGUGUAUCGCAUGGUGGCUCAGCAGGCGGGCAAGCCCUUAAACGAGUCUCUUAUAGAGUUCCUGAACCUUAGCGCAAAAAAGUCAAAACAAAAGUUGGACCAGGCCCAGCGUAAGAAGCUUAAAACGGAUAUUAAUGGAGACACUUAUGACAUAACAUUACUUCAUCUGAGCAUCACCCUCUUGCGCGCUCAUGUCUCACCUGGUUCAGUUGACGACAACCUUCAUCAAAAGCUCGCGGCGGUAAAAAUGUUCCGUAAUGAAUUGGUACAUGGAAGUUUACAAAUCAGCCACACAGAUUUCAUAAACAAGACAGAGCAACUGAGGAACCUGUUGACAGAAGCUCUCUUGGCGGCCAAGAAUAUGAAUUAUUUUGACCAAAUUGUUAUGAACCAUUUGAUAAUGUCCAUGAAUGACCAGCUCAACAACACCAGGGAUAAGCCAUUGACGAACGAUGACAUCACUAGCUACGAGAGCCACAAUCUCUUUCAACAGCUAAAGGGUCUACUUAUAACGUAUGGUAAACCGGAGCUGUUGGAGACCUACAUAAAAUGGACCCACCUCAACCCAGUGUCCUUUAUCGACGGCGCAGAUUUUGCCCUUAACGUUGGCAUUAUUUUUACCCGCAUGGUUCUUGAGGAAGUUGUCCCUUCCUCUCACAACAUGCAAAUUGACUAUGAGCAAAUCAUAAACCACGUCCAGAACACCGCCUGCAACCUUACUAAUGUGUCUGGUAUCGUCCUUAUUGAGGGACAGGCAGGUGUUGGUAAGACUACCCUGCUGAGAAAAAUUUUAUGCGACUGGCAGGCCGGAGACAACACCAUGAAGGGCCUCACGAACUACCACCUGCUUCUUUUCAUGGAGUGCAGAAACCCCCACAUUAGCUCUCUUGUACAGCUUCUCCGGUCGUUGAUGCCGGAUACCGCCAAGAAAUAUCGAGAUGAAGAUAUGGUCAAAUGUGCACUUGAAUUGAGGCUCCUCCUGUUGGUGGAUGGCUUGGACGAAUUAAAUAAGUCAUCACAUGAGUUGUUUUGUGAACUUCUACCUCUGAGUGCCAUGAGUAACAUUACCGUAGUUUGCACAACAAGGCCAGAUAUGGUGAAAGAUUUCUACAAGAUUAUUCCUAAGUAUCUUAAACCUGUUCAUAUAAAACUUCUGGGUAUUCCAGACGAAAGUUGCACAAAGCUUGCAACCACAUACCAUGACGAGCUGAUAAAAUCUGGCAGGAGUCAAGUGAGCACAUCAAGUCUGAUUGAGUAUUUGCAAAGAGCCCCACGCAGCCUCCAGGACCACUUAAGGCUUCCCCUAAACUUAGUGAUGCUUACCAUCCUCUGGGCCACAAGUCCCAGUAAAGUGAACAGUGUGAGGACGACAACUGAACUGUACAAGAGAAUAAAAGAUAUGACCACAGAGAAACUUCUUGAUCGACUGAAAAAUAAUAUGGAGACUCAGCUUUCAAAAACCAUGGACUUGGAGAGAAGAGUUGAAUAUUUCUUUAUUAAAUUAUGCCGAGAAUCCCUCAUAGGCCUUAAAGACAAUUCCAUCACUCUAACACAAGGUAUAGCAGAUAAACUUAGAAACACCUGCUUGACUGUUCAACUGCCACCUGAAGAAAUUAUCAGCUCCUUCCUGCAACAGAAGAUCACUUGGACACCGCUUGGCACUGACUCAUAUCUCAGUUUCCCACACAAGGGAGUUCAGGACUUUUAUAGUGCCUUGUGUAUCAUGUAUUCACUCCAGGGUAAAUACUCCACCGUUGAUAUACCUGGAGUUUUAAGUAGUAUUCAGGACGUCCUGGUUAAAUUUAAAGUUCACCCGUCAAUUAAUCAAGACAUCGUGGACAAAACCAACGAGUUAUUGUUACAAAAAAAUGCGCCUUCGACCAUCUUGAGCUUCCUAGAGGAACUGCACCAAGAUGACCCCUCCUCCCUGUCAUUAAGGAAGUACCAGAAUGUCCUGAUUCAUUUAGCUGGUAUUUACCACCUUGAGGGAGCAAUAGGGGACAGCACGGCCAAGGAGCUGGUGACCCUCCUCAGAGAUUCAGGCAUGACAGACAGUAGGCAGUGGGUGGACCUGCUGAGUGACGUGAGGUGUGAUGCUACCGUCACCAAGUACAUCGUUCAAUACAUUCCGGAAAUGGUGACGGGGAAGAUAGUGCUAGAAGAGACCAACAUUAUGGUCUACACGUCUCUUCUGCCACAUCUUCGACCACACAGUUUAGAAAUCAACAUCAACUCCCAUCCAGAAGACUUUACCCUCGUGUACGACUUGAUGGAUGUAAUGGUUAAAUACGUCAAGUGUGAAGUGGAUAUUAACUUCGAGUAUGACUUCAAGCACCCAAGGCACUGCAGCACCAAGUUUGAUAAGGCUCUCCAUUGUGUCCUCCAGAAUUGCCAGGUGAGAAAGUUCAAAGGUCAGCUGAGCAGUGUGAAUGUGAAGACGUUACCGCAGUCACUGGUGGAGCCUUACCUGAGUGUAUCUGGCAACGACUUGGAGCUGACCAGUGCUCUCUGCUCCCUCAAUCAACGUAUACCGUCACUAUUCCGCCUUGGGAUUCAUGUACCUGUGGGAGUCCAACCUUCUCUCCUGCCUCGCCCACUUCCUGAGGCGUAUGGCAAGAUGUUCCUAGCUCUCUCUGGCCUUGAUGCAGUACACUUAGUCUGGGCAGCGGAGGUGGCAAAACAACUAUUACCCUGUCGGAAGGAGUAUUGGAUACUGUGCUUUCCCGAGAGUAAUCUGAGUGACCAAGACCUGCAAGAUUUAGGCAAUCAACUAAUGGUCCACCAAGUCCGUGUGUUCUUGAAUACCGUGUAUGUAACGGGAGCCGAUGAUGUUACCCUUAGCUACUGUGGAUACUCCUUCUUACGAUCGAGGCUUUAAGGGAGAUGGAUUCCAGCCACACGUCACACCUGACACCUUGGCUCCCACCUUCCCACCACUGCGGACCUGACGAGGACAUCCAACAUUGGACCAGAUGUGAUUCUUAAACCUUUGGCAAACUGUUUGACUGUUUACCCAUGUCUUCAGUUGUAGGAAGUUGAAACCAUAAAUAUAGCCGCUCGUCUAUCACGUAGUGGUCCUUCCCACCCUGUUGUAUGGCAGCGAGACAUACAGACACCUUAAGGCGCUGGCGAGGUGGUGACCAAUAGAAGAGAUACAAGUAACACUCAAGACUAAAUUAAAAUGUGCCAAAUCAAUACCCACACCUGGGAGACCAUCACUCCAACCGUGGCUCUUUAUGGGGGAUUACUUUAUGGUGUAGAAACCUAUUAAGAUGUAACGUGUCGAGGCAGACAAACUCUAACGUCGGAAUGACGCUGCCGACGCCCCUCCCGCACUAGACGUAAUGCUCCACACAUGUUAUCGCUCGGUGAUCGUCAUGCUCGACUCCGAGUGAUAGCAAAGAGAGAACUCCAUCAACACCAGCCCUCUGAUGUAACUCAACCCACCACUGUGUUCAGCAUUACCCUCAACAAACA